GUAAACGAUUUAUACUCGGGGGCUACGCCCCCUCGUACAAAUCGUUUACCCUCGAGUUUCAAUGCUCUUUCUAUUACAUAACGCAUGCGCUCUUUGAAUUAUCGCUGUUGAGUUUGUAGCGUUGAGCCGGAGAAAAUUUUGUGAAUAAAGAAAAAAUUUUGAUUUUGCUUGAGCAGUCAUAUUUUACAAUAGAAGAAAUGGACUCGUUGGUUGUUGUAGCCAUUGAUUUUGGAACAACAUACUCGGGAUGGGCGUUUUCAUUCAGACAUGAAUAUGAGAGGGAUCCUAUCAAAGUGUCUUCGAAGAAUUGGCAAGGAGGAACACUCGUCUCGCAAAAAGGUCCAACAUGCAUUUUGAUCAAACCCGAUGGAAAAACAACAGACUCUUUUGGCUAUGAUGCCGAAAGUAAGUAUGCCGAAAAGGCUGAAGAAAACGAGCAAGAUCAAUGGUUCUUCUACAAAAGAUUUAAAAUGAUGCUUUUUAAAGACAAGGGCAUGGAGAGAAAUGCUACACUUGAAGAUGAAAGUGGCAAAAAGCUUCCAGCAAUGACGGUGUUCUCACUGUGUAUAGAUUAUCUCAAAAAAGAUGUUCUAGACACGUUAGGCAGACAAGUCGACAUAGGAUUGAGUGUAUCCGACAUUCACUGGGUUCUCACUGUCCCAGCUAUAUGGAAUGAUGCGGCUAAGCAGUUCAUGCGAGAAGCAGCUCAGAAAGCUGAAAUACCAGCGAAGAACCUGACCAUAUGCCUUGAACCGGAAGCCGCUUCUAUUUACUGUCGCCAUCUUCCAGUAUCGAAGUCAUCGACUGUAGGAGAAAAAACAUCGCUGGCUCAGUUUUCGUCUGGAACAAAGUACCUAGUACUUGAUGCAGGAGGUGGAACUAUUGACAUCACUGUCCAUGAAGUCACUGAUAGCGGUGAGUUGAAGGAACUUUACAAGGCAAGUGGAGAAGCAUUGUGAGGAAUUAAAGUAGACCAGGCUUAUGAGGCGUUUCUCACAAGCAUUGCUGGUCCAGAAGUCAUCAUGAAAUUCAAGAAUAAGCAUACGGAUGACUACAUUGAAAUCUUCCGCGAUUUCGAAAUAAAGAAACGACAAAUUUCUCCGACCAAACAAGAAAAGGUUACGAUCCGUAUGCCUGC